GGGUGGGAGGUUUGCAGGGGUCAGAGUGUGGGUUUAGUUGGGAUCGAGUGGGUGCUGCAUCCCUGCAUCACCCAAGAGGGACGGUGCACCGAAAAAGACGUACCUAUAAAAUAAAGAACCGAAGGGCACAAAGCAGCCGGUAGGGAAGGAGUUAAGCGCACGCAGCGCUGUAGGACCGAAUCGCAGCAGCUCCGGGCUGCGCGCAGCUCUGCGACCGAACCGAGCGGAACCCAGCGGUGGGGGAUGGCCUGGGGGGGUCGAACCACUGCCUGCUGCCCUCCGGCCCCGCUGCCCCCCCGGCUCCGAGGGGAUGGAGCGGCGGCAGCGCAGGGACGGCGAUAUCGGCGAGCGCUGGGUGCAGGUGGAACUUUCUCACCCUGAGACUGAAAUGAAUGGAGAACCUCAGGGCUGGUGAUGCACCCAGGGACUUCUCACUGCUCAUGUGCAGGGUGCACAGCCCUGAUCACGAUAGAGAUGCCUGUGGGAUCAUCUGCUGCUGAGAGCUGCUGCACCCACUGAUCUGCUCCAAAGCUCCAUCUGUUCCCCAUGGUCCUCCACGCUGCUAUGUCCCUCCGGGGAGCUCAUCCAGGAGGGGAAUAAUGCAGAAUCUCCCACAGAGGAGAGCAUCUCCCUGGCUCUCCAGGAGGGAUGAAGAUGCUAUGGCCAAACUAUGGGUAAAAUUCCAGCGCUCCUUUCGACGGAGACCUGUACGUUUCUUCACGCUUCUGGCUCUCUACUUGGCAGCUGGCAGCUUGGUUUUCCUGCACGCUGGCUUCACUGGGGAGCCCCGGGUGGCAGGGAGCCAGCGCAGCCCUGGGGCAGGCGAGGGGCUGGGACUGCCUUACCUGGGGGGCACACGGCUGAGCCGAGGCUUCCCAGAGGUGGCAGUGGGCCGGCGGCGUGGGCACUGGUUCAAGGGCAUGGCCAAGGAACCAGCAGAGAGGAGCAGAGCGGGUGAAUACGGCGCGGUGCGGAGCCGAGCACCCAAGGGCCGGGGCAGCCGUGAGAAGGAGGAGGACAGAGCAAGGUACAUUGGUUGCUACGUGGACAACACUCGGAGCCGCACGCUGCGCGGUGUGUCCUUCUUUGACUACAAGAAGAUGACAGUCUUCCGUUGCCAGGACAACUGUGCUGAACGGGGCUACCUGUACGCAGGGCUGGAGUUCGGUGCUGAGUGCUACUGUGGCCAUAAGGUUCAGGCACCCAAUGCCAGCGAAUCUGAGUGCAACAUGGAGUGCAAGGGUGAACGGAGCAGCACCUGCGGCGGGGCCAACCGUCUCUCCAUCUACCGCUUGGAGCUGGCCCAGGAAUCUGCCCGACGCUAUGGCAGUGCAAUAUUCCGGGGCUGCUUCCGCCAGCCAGACAAUGUCACCAUCGCUCUGCCUGCCAGCCAGCCCAUGCCCAACAUGUCUGUGGACAAGUGCGUGGACUUCUGCACUGAGAAGGAGUUCCCGCUGUCGGUGCUGGCUGGCACUGUCUGCCACUGCGGCUUCCCCACCACGCUUUUCCCCCUGCAUGAGCGUGAGGAUGAGCAGCUCUGUGCCCAACGCUGUGCUGGAGAGGAGUUUGAGAGCUGCGGCACCACUGAGUUCCUGCUUGUCUACCAGACCCAGGUGCAAGACAACCGCUGCAUGGACCGCCGGUUCCUGCCCACCCGCUCCAAGCAGCUUGUUGCCCUGGCCAGCUUUCCUGGGGCUGGGAACACGUGGGCACGGCACCUGAUUGAGCUUGCCACUGGCUUCUACACUGGCAGCUAUUACUUUGAUGGGUCCCUCUACAACAAAGGGUUCAAGGGCGAGCGGGACCACUGGCGGAGCGGGCGGACGAUCUGCAUCAAAACCCACGAGAGUGGCCAGAAGGAGAUCGAGGCCUUUGAUGCUGCCAUCUUACUGAUUCGCAACCCCUACAAGGCACUGAUGGCAGAGUUCAACCGCAAAUACGGGGGACACAUUGGCUUUGCUGCACACGCCCACUGGAGGGGCAAAGAGUGGCCGGAGUUCGUGGCCAACUACGCACCAUGGUGGGCGACCCACACGCUGGAUUGGCUGCGCUUUGGCAGGAAGGUGCUGGUGGUGCACUUUGAGGACCUCAAGCAGGAUCUCUUCAAGCAGCUGAAGCGCAUGGUGGGGCUGCUGGGCAUCGCCGCCUGCGAGGAUCGCCUGCUUUGUGUCGAGGGGCAGAAGGACGGCAACUUCAAGCGCUCGGGUUUGAGGAAGCUGGAGUAUGACCCCUACACCCCUGAGAUGAGGAAGAUGAUCAGUGGAUACAUCCGCACGGUGGACGCAGCUCUGAAGCUCCGCAACCUAUCGGGGGUGCCGGAUGACUACUACCCGAGGUGAUGGUGAUGGUCGGGGACCUGCCCCUGCCUGGGGAGGGGAUUGAUUUCCUCUGCCUGCUUCCACCCAGUGGGUGGCUUUCUUGUAAUUCUCCAUCUGCUGCUAUGAGCUGUUAAUCAACCCCCUGCAUGAGAAACGCUCGCUCCCCAGCCAUUGCUCAGCUUGCUUGGUUGAUACCUUCACAGAGCUGGGCACCGAGGGGAUGCAUGGUGCCCUGCCACCACUGCUGGUCCCUGUCCCCAUCCUGCAGGUGGGCCCCUGCUGGACACUGUGGGAGUAGGUAAAUGGGGUGGUGUGGGGCUGAGCAGCUCCAUCCCACUCCUGCAUUGGCUGCUGCAGCAUCCUUAGCAAUGCAAGCAGCUAUUUGCUUGCAUGGAUGCUGCAAUGUAGGGGCCUUGUUGGCUUUGGUGGCUGUCCCUAUGCUUUGUGCACUCGCAGAACAGCUCCUCUGGCUCUCCAGUAGAGAUGGAGAUAAUUCCAACAAGGAGGAACAUAGUGUGGGGGGCAGCACUACAGGAUGCACUGAGGUGUGAGGUGGUCGUGAUGCACUGGUUGGGAUGUCUCUGGGUUCUGUGUGUGGUAAUGGGAGCACUGACACUAGAUAGAGCAGCAUGCACCCCUGGGAGCAUCCGUUCUUCAUUGCAAAAGCUCCCAAGCCAGAAAAAACCUAGGGAGCUGUUUUGGGGGAGGGUGAAGGGGUGGUGGUCGGGAUGAGACCAUCUCCAAGCCAUGACUGUGCCACUGAGGGCCUGGGCAUGGAGCACAGCUUCUGUCCUGGCCAUGGGGAAGGAGGAAACCAAAGGAGCUCUGUGCCUGGAAAGCAUCUGCAAAGUUGGCUCUGUCCAGGGCUGCAUGCUGCCCCAGACACCCCAACUCAGCUGAGUCCCUACCCUCCCUCAGAUGGAUGGAGAUGCAAAAGCCAUAUCUUGUCUGCAGCCUUUCCUAGAGUUAGAUACUCAAUGAUUGGCUUUUAACUCUUGAUGGUGAUAGACGCGUGUGCACAGG